AUGGCCGACGAUUACGGGUUCACGCCGGAGGAAAUGGCCGUCAACGAGAACCUUGGUUAUCCAAAAGCCUACGCGAAGCUCUGCCACGAUCGCUGUCUUAGUCCAUACAGCCAUGGCCCUCCGUUCAUCUUCACGCCAUACGCUCUGGAGGAAGACGAGGCUGCGAGGGCGAGGGAUUUAGAUAUGAUGUUCCCAAUAAUCGAUCCGAAAGCGAAGCCAACCGCGAAGCCAAAGAUUUUUGUCAGUCUCCUGUGGAAGCAGCUAAACCAUUUGGGGAAUGCCGGGUUUGAUCCUGCUGUAAUUCGAGUAGAUCCUUAUGGCAAUGUCCUGUAUUAUCAUGCUGAUUCAGCCUCUCCUCUUGCUUGGGAAAUCGAUCACUGGUUUCCUUGUUCAAGAGGAGGAUUGACUGUUCUGAGCAAUCUGAGGAUAUUGCAACGGCAAGCCUGCAAGAAGAGGAAGAAUAAGCUGGAAUUCCUAGUUCCAUGGUGGGAUUUCCAAUUGGGUCUCUCUACUCUAGACAUAUUUUACUAUAAAACUAUAAUAACCAACAAGACAAAUCAGCUUUCUAGUCCAGUUAUAAAUAAAAUCAGGACAUUAAAUGGAGUAGGUGACAAAAUUUCUAUUUUUGCAAAUUACCACAGGCACAGGGCCUUCUCAUAUCUAUUCUCUGAUGGAGAAAAUGAAGAACUGAAUGCCUCUCAAAUAGUGGAUUCUCAUUCUUUUCCUCAGCAUUUCAUUGGAUUGAAAGAAGAAAUUGGGCUUGCUCCCGCUGCUAUCGUGGAAUGCCGAAGGGAAUCUUUUGAUAAAUUAGCUUUGAAGCAACUGGAUUAUAACCGGAAGCCGAGGCCCAUGUCUCCUGCAAUAGUUGCUGCAAGAAAAGGCAAGGGUAAACUCCUAAAAGAAAAUGAAGAUCCAGAUUUUGCAAAGAACCCAUAUCAGGCCAUUGUGAUGGCUAGAGAUUCCUUAAAGCAAAGAGAAGAAGCUACAAGAAUGCAGGCUGAAAUUCAGAAGCUUGAUGACGAAGUGAAUGAGAUGAGACUCACAAAUGAGGAGGAGAAGCUCAUAAUUCAAGACCUGGAAUUGGCACUCAUAAAAGCCAGGAGAAAGGCAGAAAAAUGCAGGCGGUUAUCUGAGGCUCAAUCUUCUUAUAGAACCACGCUAGAGAAGAUGAUCAGGGACACCAUGCACCAGAGUGUCAUCUAUAAGGAACAGGUUAGAUUGAACCAGGCUGCUACUAAUGCACUCAUGGCUAGACUGGAAGCUCAGAAGGCAAUUUGUGAUAAUGCAGAGAAAGAACUCCACCGCAGGUAUAAACAGAGAGAUGAAAUAGAGAAGCAGAUAAGGCCUGAAUGGGAUCAAGGAAGGAAGAGAAUAAGAAUAGAUGGUGAUUCCACCUUUGAUGAAGAGAGAGACAGUAAACCUCUCCUUUGCUUGCCCGCAAUCAGGCCAAGAACUCCUUUGCACAAGGAGCUUAGAGUAUAUUUGGAGGAGGAACAAAGAGCAUCAGAAGCUGGUUUAUCUGCAAAUGAAGAAAAAAAUCAAGAGGAAAAGAAUCAGGAACUGAAAAUACCAACUCAUUACAUCGCAGAAGAGAACCUUGAGGAGCAUAAGGGAUCAAGUGUUGCCUUGAAGGAGGAAAGCCCAAUUGAGCGAAAACUUCAAAAGCUAAAUAUCAAGGUAGGUAAGGAAAGUUGUGAGAGUUCAUUUCCAGUUUUUCAAGGAACAGAAAUUGAGGAAGAUGAACAUAUCAGGCAGGAACGUGGCAAAGGGAAUGUGGAGAAGUGGCUUCAAAUUCUUUUAGAAAAUAGUCAAGACAUGGAUCCAUUAGAAGAAACUCAUGGAAAUGAAACUAGUGGGACUGAGGAAAUAAUCAGACAAAUAAACCAGAAGUACCCACAACAAGAGCCAAAAACCCCAACAGCUUCAAGAAAUGAAAAUAAAGAGAAGCAGGUGCCAGUUCCUCAAGACAAGAAUGAUUGGACAGAGAAAGAUGGUACAAAUUUUAUUCACACAGAAAAUAAAAUUUACACAGGAGAAGAAGUUUGCAUAAGUGAAGAAAAUGGCAAUAAAAGUUUUGACGGUAUGGAACGAACGGAAUGCAAUAGAAAGGAAAAAAAGCUUGCCAGGUCAGAGAGUGCCAGAGCCUUGAGGCGAAUCCCAUCUUCUCCAUCCUUGCUUCUUGGGAUUAGAAAGGGCAAUGAUGAGAAUCACUCUUCAGCAAACAGCUUUAUCAGGUCUUCCUUCAAGACAAUCAAGAAAGCAGUGAAAAUUUGA